AUAAAGAAAAAACUUAUAAAAUAAACUUUAUUAGGCCUUUGUUAAUGCCAUUAUUAAUUAUUAAAAUAUUUACACCAAACUAAUUUCUUUAAAAGUAGUUUUAGUAAGUUUCUUGUAACUUUAGUCGUUACACGUGAUCGUAAACAUCGCGUGUUUUUUAGUGUUUCAAAUUGGACUGGAGACUUAUAGAGUUUAUCAUGGCUGAGGCAAACGUGCUAGUGAUCGGCAGCGGCGGCCGGGAACAUGCUAUAUGCUGGAAACUCUCCGAAUCUCCUCUUGUAAAGCAGAUAUAUUGCGCGCCGGGAAGUGUUGGCAUUGCCUCCACAAAAAAGGUCGAAAACGUCGAUAUCGACAUCAACAAUUGUGUGAAUCUCGCAAAAUGGUGCAAAGAACACAGCAUUGAUCUGGUCGUCGUUGGUCCAGAAGAUCCUCUUGCCAAUGGUAUCGUAAAUGGACUCCAAGCUUUUGGUAUAAAGUGCUUCGGGCCAAAUAAAGCCGGGGCUCAGAUUGAAGCCAGUAAGGACUAUUCAAAGAAAUUCAUGAGCAAAUAUCAACUGCCUACUGCAAGAUACCAGUCGUUCACCGAUGCUAAAGCUGCCAAGGAGUUUAUUAACACUGCACCCUACCCAGCGUUAGUAGUGAAAGCUUCAGGACUUGCCGCCGGAAAGGGUGUCGUAGUAGCAUCCACCAAGGAAGAGGCCUGCCAAGCAGUUGAUGACAUCCUUACUGAUGCCAAAUAUGGCUCUGCUGGAGAGACCGUGGUAAUUGAAGAAGUGUUGGAAGGAGAUGAAGUCUCGGUCCUGGCAUUUACCGACGGCGAAACUGUAUCAUUAAUGCCCCCCGCACAAGACCACAAACGCAUAGGCGAUGGCGACACUGGGCCCAACACUGGCGGAAUGGGAGCUUAUGCCCCAUGUCCUUUGAUAACACGGGACCAGCUAGCUGAUGUUCAAGACCAGGUUUUGCAACGAGCUAUUGAUGGCUUGAAGGCUGAAGGCAUCAAAUAUGUUGGUGUCCUGUACGCCGGCCUGAUGGUAACCAAAUCAGGCCCUAUGGUCCUGGAAUUCAACUGCCGAUUCGGUGACCCUGAAACCCAAGUUCUGAUGACGCUACUCGAGUCCGACCUUUAUACAAUUAUGAAGGUAUUACUUAACGGGCUCUCCUACCUGCAAAGCGGUGUGGAUAUCGACGCAGCCGCAACUCUGGUUCGCGAGAUCGAACCACUCGCCACCGCCACUCACAGAAGGGGUGUUUUGGGCAGACUUGGUUGCUUUAGCGGCCUUUUCCAUCUCUCCGCCAUGGAUCCUACGUUGAAGGACCCUGUUUUGGUACAGGGUACUGACGGUGUUGGGACUAAACUUAAGAUAGCGGAGGUGAUGCGUAAAUACGACACCAUAGGCCAGGACCUGGUGGCGAUGUGCGUGAACGACAUCCUGUGCGCGGGCGCAGAGCCCUUCGCCUUCCUCGACUACAUGGCCUGCGGGAGGCUACAAGUCGACGUGGCAACUAGCAUUGUUAAGGGGGUUGCUGAUGCUUGCAUCGAGUCCGGCUGUGCUCUGUUAGGAGGAGAAACAGCAGAAAUGCCGUCCAUGUAUGACGUAGGCAAGUAUGACCUAGCAGGGUUUGCUGUCGGUGUUGUGGACAACCUGAAACAAUUGCCUCGUAUGAAAGAGAUCAGAGCUGGUGACGUUGUGUUGGCACUACCGUCGACUGGCGUACAUAGUAAUGGAUAUAGUUUGGUACAGAAGAUUAUGUUACAGAGUGGGCAUAAGUACCAUGAACGGGCACCAUUCACUGAAACAGACAAAUCGUACGGCGAAGAGUUCCUCACCCCCACCGGCCUGUAUGUCAAUGCACUCCUCCCCGCAGUAAAGCGGGGAAUCAUCAAGGGGCUAGCCCAUAUAACUGGAGGGGGACUACUUGAAAACAUACCCAGGAUUCUGCCCCAGGGGGUUAGGGUCAAAUUGGACGCUAAAAAAUUUACAAUCAAACCUAUUUUCGGAUGGUUGCAGGCUAAAGGAAUGGUAUCGGACUUCGAAAUGCUUCGCACAUUCAACUGCGGUGUGGGCAUGGUGGUGAUCGUGGACCCCGUUUGCGUUAAUGAGGUGGUGCGUCUCGUUGAAGGACCCAUUGCUGUUGUUGGCUCCGUCGAGUCUAUGGGGAAGGAAGGAGGCCACCAAGUGGUAGUAGACAACUUUAAAGAAGCAAUUGCGCCCUUAGCGGCACCGUAUCUCGCAGCCAGUCAAUCAACCCCGCGGAAAUCGCUGUCCUACAAGGAUAGUGGCGUCGACAUUGAAGCUGGAGACUCCCUGGUUUCUCUGAUCAAACCUUUGGCCAGGACUACUUCUCGUUCUGGUGUACUUGGAGGACUUGGAGGCUUUGGUGGUUGCUUCCAACUAAAAGCCGUUGAAAAGGAAUACAAGGAUCCAGUCCUGGUACUGGCAGCGGACGGUGUAGGCACAAAACUAAAAAUCGCUCAAACAAUCAACAACCACGACACCAUAGGCAUUGAUUUAGUCGCUAUGUGCGUAAAUGAUAUACUAUGCAAUGGCGCUGCACCACUCACGUUCCUGGAUUAUUUCGCGUGCGGCUCAUUGGAUGUCCACGUAGCGAGAGCCGUUGUGUCUGGCGUAGCAGAGGGCUGUAGACAAGCUUCGGCUGCUCUGAUUGGGGGCGAAACAGCGGAAAUGCCGGGCAUGUACGAGCCGGGUGUGUACGACAUCGCUGGAUUCGCUCUGGGAGUGGUGGAGAGGACGCACAUUUUGCCCAAAUUCAAUGACAUUACUGUAGGAGACAUAAUUAUCGGUCUACCGUCGAACGGCAUCCACAGCAAUGGGUUCAGUCUGAUCCACAAGCUCGUGAAGAAAGUAGGUCUCUCUCUCGACGAUAAGGCACCGUUCAGCAAGGAGGGACUUACUUUGGGUGAAGAGCUAAUAAAACCAGCCCGCAUCUACGUUAAGAGCGUACUACCAGCUCUGCAGCGCGGAUGCGUCAAAGCCGUGGCGCAUAUAACCGGUGGUGGGUUGUUGGAGAACAUUCCUCGCGUCAUACCGGGAACUGUUCGCGCUAGGUUGAAUGCUCAUCAGUGGAAUAUUCAUUCUGUAUUCGCGUGGAUAAUGGACGCGGGAUCAGUGCAAGAAUCAGAAAUGCUGCGUACUUUUAACUGCGGAAUUGGAAUGGUGCUUAUUGUUUCACCUGAAGACCAAGCCGAGGUGAUGAACAUAACGCGCGCGUACGGAGCGAUGGUGAUCGGCAGCAUACAGGCGCGGCCGCCAGGUGGCGCCAGAGUCGUCGUUGACAACUUCGCCUCGGCCAUCAACUUCACACGGCGCAUGCCGUUGCUGCCCAAGAAGAAGGUGGCGGUACUCGUCUCAGGCAACGGCAGCAAUCUCCAAGCGUUAAUCGACACAACAAACGACCCCUCGCAGUGCAUUUGCGCAGAAAUCGCCCUUGUUGUUAGUAACAAGAAAGGCGCUUAUGCGUUGCAGCGCGCUGAGAAACACGGAAUACCAACCUUGGUAUUUAACAUCAAAGAGUACAACUCGCGGGAGGAGUUUGACCGCGCUGUCUCUGCCGCCUUGGAAUCUCAUAAAAUUGACAUCGUCUGCCUCGCUGGAUAUAUGAGGAUUUUAUCUUCUGAGUUUGUACAGAAGUGGAAAGGCCGUCUGAUCAACAUCCACCCCUCAUUGCUGCCAAAGCACCCUGGCCUGCAUGCGCAGAAACAGUGCCUGGACGCCGGCGACAGAGAAAGUGGAUGCACCGUCCAUUUCGUUGACGAGGGCAUGGACACAGGGCCAAUAAUCCUUCAAGAGAGGGUGCCUGUUCUUAAGGAUGACACUGAAGAAACCCUAACAGAACGCAUACAUACUGCGGAACAUCGUGCCUACCCGCAGGCGUUGAGGCUCCUCGCCGCUGGCAGGGUGAGGCUCACCAACUCUCAUAUAAUGUGGUAUUCGUAGGAAUAGAUUUAGUAAAGAUAGACAAGUUAAAUGUGCACUAGCGUAAUUUUAGGAACAUGGUCUCCUCGGGUCUUAAAGGUCCAUUUAGAUGGAGAGAUAUUGCAUGAUAUUACUAUCGCAAAUAAUCAUUGCAAUAAGAUUUACUUCGUUUUUUUUAACAUUACAAAUAAGGUAAACAAAGAAGCUGGAUUAUUCAAA